UCCCGGGCUGCGAGCAAGGGGGGGACGGGCGAAGGCGGCGUACGUGGCUUGCGUGAGUGCGUGGUGGUGGCGCGUGCGCGAAGCGAGUGGGUGGUGUGGCAGGGUCCACGUGCGUCCUUCUCCGCGAUCCCCGCGGCGUAGCUCCAUGUCCCAAGACACCCCGGCCUCCGCGGCCCUCCCCGAGUGGCCAGUCUCGUUCUCCGGUCCCGCAGUGACCUCAGGCUUGGCCAGCAGCCACGCAUCGCCAUGGUGACUGUGGGCAACUAUUGCGAGGCCGAGGGGCCCGUGGGCCCGGCCUGGGUUCAGAAUGGCUUGAGCCCAUGCUUCUUCUUCACGCUCGUGCCCUCGAUACUGAUGAUCGUGGGGGCGCAGGCCUUGGUAGUGACACUUCUCUGCAAGCGUGGGGAGCGGCCAGCUGGCACAGAGGAACUGACUUGGGGGGCAGGCCCUCGCGUCGCUCCCUAUGCACUGCAGCUGUUCCUGGCCAUACUUCGAGUGGCACUGCCCCUGGCUGGCCUAGCUGGCAGAAUGGGCACCGCUCGGGGGUCUCCGCUGCCAGGCUACCUACUGCUAGGCUUCGUGCUGGAGAGUCUGGCCAGCGCCUGUGCCUUGUGGCUGCUCGUGGUGGAACGGAGCCAGGCGCGGCAGAGCCUGGCGAUGGGCGUUUGGAUCAAGUCCAGACACAGCUUGGGUCUCCUGCUCCUCUGGACAGUGGCGUUUGCAGCUGAGAACUUGGCCCUGGUGUCCUGGCACAGCCCACAGUGGUGGUGGAGAAGAAAAGAUCUGGGCCAGCAGGUUCAGUUUGGCCUGUGGGUCCUGCGAUAUGUGGUCUCUGGAGGCCUGUUUGUCCUGGGGCUCUGGGCCCCUGGACUUCGCCCCCAGUCUUACACCCUACAGGUUCAUGAAGAGGACCAAGAUGUUGAGAGGAACCAGGUUCCAUCAAGUCCUGCAUCCACUUGGCGAGACCUUGGCAGGAAGCUCCGCCUCCUGAGUGGCUACCUGUGGCCUCGCGGGAGCCCAGGCCUGCAGCUGGUUGUGCUCCUCUGCCUGGGGCUCAUGGGGUUGGACAGAGCGCUCAACGUGUUGGUGCCUAUCUUCUAUAGGGACAUUGUGAACUUGCUGACCGAGAAGGCCCCUUGGAGCUCCCUGGCUUCGACUGUUAUCAUCUAUGUCUUCCUCAAGUUUCUUCAGGGGGGUGGCACUGGAAGUACAGGCUUCGUGAGCAACAUGCGCACUUUCCUGUGGAUCCGGGUGCAGCAGUUCACAUCGCGCCACGUGGAGCUGCGCCUCUUCUCCCACCUGCAUGAACUGUCUCUGCGCUGGCACCUUGGCCGCCGCACGGGGGAAGUGCUGCGGAUUGUGGACCGGGGCACAACCAGCGUCACAGGGCUCCUCAGCUACCUGGUGUUCAAUGUCCUCCCCACACUGGCCGACAUCAUCAUUGGCAUCAUCUACUUCAGCAUGUUUUUCAACGCCUGGUUUGGCCUCAUUGUGUUCCUGUGCAUGAGUCUUUACCUCAUCCUAACCAUUGUGGUCACUGAAUGGAGAACCAAGUUUCGCCGUGCUAUGAAUACCCAGGAGAAUGCCACCCGGGCACGAGCAGUGGACUCUUUGCUAAACUUUGAGACGGUGAAGUACUAUAAUGCUGAGGGUUAUGAAGUGGAACGCUAUCAGGAGGCCAUCAUCAAGUAUCAGGACUUGGAGUGGAAGUCAAGUGCUUCCCUGGUUUUAUUGAAUCAGACCCAAAACCUGGUGAUUGGACUCGGGCUCCUCUCCGGCUCCUUGCUUUGUGCGUAUUUUGUCAGUGAGCAGAAGCUACAGGUUGGGGACUUUGUGCUGUUUGGCACGUACAUCAUCCAACUGUACAUGCCUCUCAACUGGUUUGGCACCUACUACAGGAUAAUCCAGACCAACUUCAUUGACAUGGAGAAUAUGUUUGACCUGCUAAAACAGGAGAAGGAAGUGAAGGACGUCCCUGGAGCAGGACCCCUUCACUUUCAGAAGGGCCGGAUUGAGUUUGAAAAUGUGCACUUCAGCUAUGCUGACGGGAAGGAGACCCUGCAGGAUGUGUCCUUCACUGUGAUGCCUGGACAGACACUGGCCCUGGUGGGACCAUCUGGGGCAGGGAAGAGCACAAUUUUGCGCCUGCUGUUUCGCUUCUAUGACAUUAACUCUGGCUGUAUCCGAAUAGAUGGGCAGGACAUUUCACAGGUGACCCAGAUCUCUCUCCGGUCUCACAUUGGAGUUGUGCCCCAGGAUACUGUCCUCUUCAAUGACACCAUUGCCAACAAUAUCCGCUAUGGCCGUGUCACAGCUGCGGACAGUGAAGUGGAGGCUGCUGCUCAAGCUGCUGGCAUCCAUGAUGCCAUCUUGUCUUUCCCUGAAGGGUAUGAGACUCAAGUGGGUGAGCGGGGACUGAAGCUGAGCGGUGGGGAGAAGCAGCGAGUGGCCAUUGCCCGCACCAUUCUCAAGGCUCCAGAUAUCAUUCUGCUAGAUGAGGCAACAUCAGCACUGGAUACAUCUAAUGAGAGGGCCAUUCAGGCCUCUCUGGCCAAAGUCUGUGCCAACCGCACCACCAUUGUGGUGGCACACAGGCUCUCAACUGUGAUCCAUGCUGACCAGAUUCUUGUCAUCAAAGAUGGCUGCAUCAUAGAGCGAGGACGGCAUGAGGCUCUGUUGACCCGAGGCGGGGUGUAUGCCAGCAUGUGGCAACUGCAGCGGCAAGGACAAGAAGUUGUCUCAGAAGAUGCGCUGCCCCAGACCACAGCUCAAUGACAGAAGUGGCCUCUUCUCUCCUAAAGGCUAACUCAGGGGAAUAAGACGUGUCCCUUCUCCCUGGCUUACUGCAUCCUGGUCUAGGUGAUUGGUGCUAGCUGUUGGGAGGGAAGGGGACUUUUCAGAAAGCACUUUAGGGAAAUAAAAGUGGACUGUGCAA